CCCUGAAGAGCAACCUCAGCUGAACUGGGCUUCUGCAUUUGGCCACUGGCAGUGGCAUGUGAUUUUUGUGACCUGGACCAUCCCAUCCCACCUUCCACUUCUGGUGGCUGGGUGAGGGUGUCUCCAGCUCUCCCUGGGUCCCCUGUGUGGCUGCGGCACUCUCCACUGGGUGAAUGUUCAGGACAUUGUUGCCCGGGCCAGCUGUGGGGGCUUAGCACCAUGGAGGCCUUGGAGGUGGACGACGUGAGCCCGGCCCUAGAAGUGACCGAGGAUUUCUUUCACAACUUUGGCAGUUCCCUGGAAAAGGCUGUGCCACAGGCAGAGGUCUACGGGGUUCAGGAGGUCCCCGAGCUGGUAGGGCAUGAGGUAGUUAGCGGUGUCACUGACAAUGCUGUGCUGAAAAAUGUCACUGCCCUGGGCCCAGGAGGCUUCCUGUGGGACUCAUGUAACAGUCAUCGCUUCGGAACCAAAUCCUUGUCCGCCUUCCCGGCCAAAGAACAGCCUUCGGGCCAGAGAGGGACGGUGCCUGACCCUUUCUCCUGGCUGGGACAGGAGGCGACCACCUUCGAUUUCUUCAACCUCUACCAGCGCCGGAGAGACCGGCCGCGCUCUGUCAACGACCUGCUGGAUGAGACUUCUGCUUUUAAGCCAGGCCACGCACGGUCCCGGUCGGACAUGACCCCGAGGGACUGGGCUGCAGCCCUCCAGGCCAGGCCCCUGCAGCCGCCACAGCUGCAGCCAGUCACUCAGGGCUCUCAAUUUCCCCGGCGCUCCUGUCUGCUGCCCUCACCUGGCAAGGUGGAAGAUGCCCAAGGCAAUACUGAUCACGAGUCGCCCUUCCCGAACCUCCUGAAGAAAGGCUCCCUGGAGCUGUGCAAGAAUCCGGACAGCUGCUGGCAGGGCUGCUAUGCCGAGCUCUCCCCUCACAGCUUGUGCAUUUACAGCCUGGAUGGCAGUGGUAACCCAGCCCUCUGUGCCAGCUACCCGCUCUCUCACUUCCGCAGCAUCUCAGUCCUGGGCAACCUCGAGGCCAGGCUGGUAGACACUGUUUUGUACGACAACACGCAGCUGCAGUUGAAGGCUGAGUCGCCAUGGGAGACCCUGGACUGGGGACAGAAGCUGUGGGAAGGCGUCCAUGCCACCAAGCCUCCAUACCCGAGUCGAGAGGAGCUGGGCCCCGCCGCUGGCUUUGGUCAUCUGGUCGACCAGCCCGGGAACCAUUGUUUCCAGAAGAACCCCAUCAGGCUGCUGUUGCCGCCUUCCAUGAUGGAUGGUUCCGGGCAGUCCCAGAACAUUCUCAAAUCGGGGACCCUAUACAGGCUGACCCUCCAGAACAACUGGAAGGUGUUCACAUUCGUGCUGAGCCAGGCCUACCUUCUGGCGUUCCAGCCAGGCAGGCUGGAUGAGGACCCUGUCCUCAGCUACCAUGUGGAUGUGUGUCUGGCCGUGCAGGUGGACAACCUGGACGGCUGUGACUCUUGCUUCCAGGUCCUGUUCCCCCAGGAUGUGCUGCGCCUGCGUGCUGAGACCCGGCAACGGGCUGAGGAGUGGAUGGAGGCGCUGCGGACUGCGGCCAACCUGGCACGAAGCUCGGAGCAGAACCCACAGGUGACGCUUCGGUCCAAGCCCCAGGGCCUGCCUGGUGGGCAGGAGCUGCGGAAGCAGCAGCGCCAGUCAGUUACCUCCAGCUUUCUGAGCAUCCUCACGACUCUGUCCUUGGAGCGAGGACUCACAGCCCAGAGCUUCAAAUGUGCAGGAUGCCCGCGUCCCAUUGGCCUCUCCAACGGCAAAGCCAAGGUCUGCGGCUACAGUGGCUGGUACUACUGCAGCUGCUGCCAUGUGGACGACACCUGCCUCAUCCCUGCACGCCUGCUGCACAACUGGGACACAGCCAAGUACAAGGUGUCUAAACAGGCCAAGGAAUUCCUGGAGUAUGUGUCGGAGGAGCCGCUGAUUGACAUCCAGCAGGAGAACCCUCUGCUCUACCUCCACGCAGAGCCACUGGCCACUGUGGUACGGCUGAGGCAGAGGCUGAGGUCACUGCGUGCCUACUUGUUCAGCUGCCGGGCGGCUGUGGCUGAGGACCUGCGGCGCAGGGUCUUCCCCCGUGAGUACCUCCUCCAGCAGAUCCACCUCUACUCCCUCGCCGACCUGCAGCAGGUCAUAGAGGGAAAGCUGGCCCCUUUCUUGGGCAAGGUCAUUAAGUUCGCCACCUCGCACGUCUACAGCUGCAGCCUGUGCAGCCAGAAGGGCUUUGUCUGUGAGAUCUGCAACAAUGGUGAGAUCCUCUACCCUUUUGAGGAUAUUUCCACGAGCAGGUGUGAGAGCUGUGGAGCUGUCUUCCACUCCGAGUGCAAAGAAAAAUCUGUCCCCUGCCCAAGGUGUGUCCGCCGAGAGCUGCAGAAGAAGCAGAAAUCUUUCUGGCAGCGGCUGAACAUGGAUGAGAGCCUGGAGGAGGCCUGCAGCAUGUUUGAGCUGUCCUAUCACAAUACCUGACGUGGCACCCACCAGCCGGGACUGGCCUCUGGGUGGCCCAGCAGCACCCGAGGCCUCCUGACCAACCGGUUGGUUCCCUUCAGGAGAGGAGUGUCUCAGCCUCAGUAAAUAGAUAUUUCUGUGCAAUGCAGAGGUGGUGUAGAUGUAGCCACUCACCUAGACAUCCUAUACGAAGCUCCUUCAAAAUGAGAAUCUUAAAAAUGAGAAGGUCCAUGAAGCCUGUGUGGCUUGUUUGGAAAGUUUCAAUAUGUGGAAAGUUUCAAUAAGGUACAAUAUGUGGUUUUUGCACAAGGCUUUAUCACUCAGACUUUUUUUAUUUGAUUUUUUUU